AUGGGGCGGGAAAAGGUUAAAGUUCUGGCUGUUCUGUACGACGGGCGCGAGCAUGCUCAGCAGGUGCCCGGGCUGCUUGGAACGACCGAGAAUGAGCUUGGCCUCCGCAAGUGGCUCGAGGACCAGGGCCACACCCUGGUGACCACGUCGGAUAAGGAGGGCGAGAACUCGACCUUCGACCGGGAACUGGUCGACGCCGAGGUCAUCAUCACCACUCCCUUCCACCCCGGGUACCUUACCGCCGAGCGCCUGGCCAAGGCCAAGAAGCUUAAGCUGGCCAUCACGGCCGGCAUCGGCUCAGACCACGUCGACCUCGAUGCAGCCAACAAGACCAACGGCGGCAUCACCGUGGCCGAAGUGACAGGUUCCAACGUGGUUUCGGUCGCCGAGCAUGUCGUCAUGACCAUCCUCAUCCUGGUGCGCAAUUUUGUGCCCGCGCACGAGCAGAUCGAGGCCGGCCGCUGGGACGUGGCCGAGGCCGCCAAGAACGAGUUCGACCUCGAGGGCAAGGUGGUCGGCACCGUCGCCGUCGGCCGCAUCGGCGAGCGCGUUCUGCGCCGCCUCAAGGCCUUCGACUGCAAGGAGCUGCUCUACUACGACUACCAGCCGCUGUCCCCAGAAAAGGAGAAGGAAAUCGGCUGCCGCCGCGUUGACGACCUCGAGGAGAUGCUCGCGCAGUGCGACGUGGUCACCAUCAACUGCCCGCUGCACGAGAAGACGCGGGGACUAUUCAACAAGAACCUGAUCGCCAAGAUGAAGCCCGGCAGCUGGCUGGUCAAUACGGCGCGUGGCGCCAUUGUCGUGAAGGAGGACGUCGCCGAGGCGCUCCGGACGGGCCACCUGCGCGGCUAUGGUGGCGACGUGUGGUUCCCGCAGCCCGCGCCCGCCGACCACCCGCUGCGCACCGCAAAGAACCCCUUUGGCGGCGGCAACGCCAUGGUGCCGCACAUGUCGGGCACCUCGCUCGAUGCCCAGAAGCGCUACGCCGAGGGCACCAAGCGCAUCCUCGAGAGCUACCUGAGUGGGAAGCUCGACUACCGCCCGGAGGACCUGAUUGUGCACAAUGGCGACUAUGCCACCAAGGCGUACGGUCAGCGGCAGAUUACUGGACGCUCUUAG